AUGUGUUCACCAGAUUGUCAUUUAUGUUUAGCUAAUUAUAAUUUAUCUUCAUUAAAUAAUCAAAAAUGUUCAUUUAUAUCAUCACAUCAUGCUACAAUCUUCUAUGAUGAUUGGACACAACAUUAUGAAUUAAUUAAUUAUAAUGAAUAUGGUACACGUGUUGAUGGUAUUAUAUAUGGGAAUGAUAUAGAUAGAAAAUUAAUUUAUAUUCCAGAAUCUUCCGAUCUUGUUCAUCGAGUUCGUAAUCUAAUAAAAACUGCUCCUAAAAAAUUAUCAUCAAAUUAUGAAACAUCAUCGGUUAUUUCGGAAUUGUGUGCUUCACCGCCUAAACGUCUAAUGAAAAUGUUAAGUAAACGACAUGAAUUGCUAUUCAUCCUUUUUUCAACAUGGAUGACAAUGAAUAAUAGUUCAACACAAUCUCCUCAUGAAUCACCAGUAUUACUUACAGAUUCUUUAUCAGUAGUAACAAAAGAUUUUUUAAAAUUAUCUAAAAGUAACAACUUACUUGUUCAUUAA